UUAAGUUUAAAGACUUGAAGAAUCCAACUUUUUACUAUUUUCUCUGCAAAAUAAGGAUAUGGGGUCAGCAAAAUUGAAGAUUGGAGGGGCAUGGAGUGGUGUAUUGGAAGUGGAAUUGGAAGAAUGGACAGUAGUGAUGUUAAGAGAAGAGGUAGCAAAAAGAUCGGGUCAUGGUGGAGGACCCGAAACAAUUAACCUUAUAUGUGCUGGUAAAUUGUUGAAAGAUGGUGAUGGAACUGAAAAGUUGAGCCAAUUGGGUGUUAGAAACAAUGCAAAGAUUUUGGCUUCAAGGGUUUCUGUUGAUCAAGGGAAGUCUGUAAAAGAAGAGUCUUUAGCUGAGGAAGAACGUUCUACUAGGCUUUCAAGGCUAAAGGCUGCUGCUAUUUCACUGUCAGCCAGACAUGCGGAUGGCUCAUUACCUGUUGAAGAUUUCAAUCUGGAGCUCGAAAAUCAGAGUGGACAAAAGGUGCAACUGGGAUCUGAGACUGACCAGAGGGCAAUAAUGAUGGGCCUCAUGCUUCACGCAAAUGCAAAAGCCUUGAUGAGGAAGAAAAAGUACAAGGAAGCACUAGAAGUGCUGACCAUGGGAGAGGAAGCUUUCUCUCUCUGCGACCAGAAACUCAUCGAGAUGAUAGACAAUGUGCCCAUUCUGCAAAUAGACAUGGUGUGGUGCUACUUUAUGCUCCGAGAUAUCAGCUGGCUCUCAGUUGCAGGAGUCCGCCUUGCAAAAGCUAGGGAAGGGCUCGAGCGUUCUCAUGGGAAGGAAGCGAGUCGUCUCAGACUGCUUCAAAAAGGACGUUAUCCGGAGAUUGCUCUACAUUUGAGGCUGGAGCUGCUAGAAGGAGUAGUGGCAUAUCAUAGCAAUCAGACUGAAAAAUCUAGAAAGUCCUUGACAUCUGCUCAAGCAAAGUUUUUGCAGCUUCAAAUUCCAGAUGAAGCUUUGUCCUUACUUUUGGGUAUGGGCUACAAAGAACAGGAUGCCAAGAGAGCGCUGCGUAUGAACAACCAAGUAGUAGAAAAUGCUGUUGAUUUUCUUGUUGAAGAGAGAGAAAAGAAAGCACGGAAAAGGGUGGAUGACCUUAAGAGGCAGAAGGAGAUCACGGAGCAAAAGUGUUAUGGAACGACUCCUCUUGGAAAAGCUGUUGAUAUCGAGAGGCUGAAUGAAUUGGUGUCAAUUGGGUUUGAGAAAGAGCUUGCUGCAGAAGCACUGCGACGAAAUGAAAAUGACACACAAAAGGCUUUGGAUGACUUGACAAAUCCAGAAGCUAAUUCUUCAAUACAGAUACAUAUCGAGUCUAGGAAGAAAAAAAGAUUGCGUCAAGCAGCCAAUGCUUCAAUUGAAGAGCUUGUAUCCAUGGGUUUCCCCAGAGAAGCAGCGGCUGCAGCUAUUCGCAGCUUUGGCACACGUCAAGCAGCAAUAGAUCAUCUGCUUCAAGGAACAAGUACUACUGCUGCAGCAGGAGAUCACAAUGUAGACAAUACUCUUCCCAACGACCAGGGAGAAGAUGGAAUCGCAAAUGAUCCUCUAACUAAUGACCAAAGUGAAGAUGGAUCAGGUACUAACGCAGGCUCAAGUAGUAAUGGAGGUCCAAGUCAGAACAAAGUUGAGACGCGUGAUGUAGAAAUGGAAGAUGAGAUUACUGGCGAAUUACUAAAAGGUGAUGCUUACUCUGACUACGACAUUGAGGUCACAGAAGAAGGUGAAGCUAUAAACGAGUACUUAGCUUUAGUAACCUUAGGAGUUAACGUAGAGAUUGGUUCAUCGUCAUAGUUACAAGUACAAUACAUGUUUGAGUAUUGUCCGUAUUCGUAGUUAAAAGUACAGUACAUUUUAACAAACUUGAAUAGUUUGCUGUGAAUAGAAUAUAUGAUCUUAUAGCCUAUUCCUUUAAUGCAAUAGGUUUUGUUUUAUGCAAAUUUACGACUCAUGUUCUA